AGGUUGUUUCUCUUGUGUUUACACCAUCUAACUAUGAUAUAGUUGUCAGAGCAUCACUCUAAAAAAAAAUAUCCCUUUUGUAUCAUAUUAACUGCAUAUUUAUUCCAGAUGAUUAAGUAGUACAAACAUCGUAAAUAGAUUUUCUAUUCAAUGGCAAGUAAAGAAGCUUAUCGCUUACUUUAUAAAGAAUUUAUGAGGGUUUGCGACCAAUGGCCGAUUGAUGCUUCAAGAUCAGGUCGAGAUUUUGGUGAAUAUUUAAGACAUAAUUAUAGAGGAGUAUACAAACAAGAGGAUUUUAAUGCUGAAGAUAUGAAAAAGACAUUGGAUGCUUUGGUCAAAAUUAGUUCAAAUUACUAUUACAAAAAGUAUCCUCGUGUUAAUGAAAUAAAUUAUACUGGAUUAGAAGUUACAAAAUGUCAAGAAGCAUUGUCAAAUGAUAACCAAGUAGCGUUUCAAAAACAGAGAUCUUGGUGGGAGAGGCUUAUAAGCAAAAGAUCAUUAUCAGAGAAGCUGGAGUUGCAGUCGAAGAAAUAAGUUAAUAGUUUUAACAGCUUUUUUUUCGCCACAAUGUUAUCCUAUUAUAUAGUGAACGUCGAAAUCCAAUAAACAUCGAAAUCCAGUGAACCAGCACUGUUUACUCUUCUACUUCAUUAAAAAAUAUGCAACCUUAUGGUAUUACUAAAAAGAAUUUUUUUUUGUAUGCUACUGAAACUUAUAUUAUUUGAAAUAAGAGUAGGUGGCGUAAGUGGCUAAAGACAUAAUAUUAGUUAGUCAUUCAGACACGUGUGCAAUAAUGUUUGCUUUUUUAUGAUUAGUCUGUUUCUUUACCUUUAUAAAGAUUUACAAUUUCUGUUAUAAAUAAUUUCAAAGUUUUGAGUGA